AUGGGUGACUAUGGCCCCGCAUCUGAGCACCACACGGACCAACGCUCUGCAACCGCACCCGACAUCUCCGUACUGGUAACGGGCUUUGGCCCCUUCAAAACCAACCUUGUCAAUGCUUCCUCCCUGAUCGCCAAAUCGCUCCCUGGUUCAUUUACCUUCCCAGCCCCUAGCGCCACGAACCGCCGUGUCAUUCUGCAUGUCCACCCGAUUCCGAUCCCUGUUGCCUAUUCGUCUGUUCGUGAAUCAUUACCCGUAAUCUUAAACGACUUCGCAGCAGCCAAUCAAGGUCGUCGACCAGAUCUAGUGAUUCACAUUGGCAUCGCAUCACCAAGAUUGUACUACUCGGUGGAGCAUUUGGCCCACCGGGAUGACUACAACAUUACUGAUAUUGACGGCCGCUCGGGUUAUGAGGACGGAGAGAAAAGGUGGAAGCUGCUAGGGCUUCCUCCGAUACUGUGCCCAGGUAGGGCUUUCGUUGCCACUAAAGAGCAGGAAGACCAACAGUCCCAUGAGUCCAAGGGUGUUCCCUACCCACCAAACGGUCACUUCUUAGAGACGUGGAAGGCUAAUGCGUCGCCGGGCUUGGAUCUCCGGAUUUCCCAUGACGCGGGCCAUUAUCUCUGUGACUUUAUUUUUUAUACUAGCAUGGCCUUGGCCGCACAGCAGGGCCAAGACCGCAAUGUCUUGUUUUUGCAUGUCCCCGGUGCAGCGGAGGAUGCUGAUAUCGAGCGCGGGCGAGAAAUCACCUUGGCUUUGAUUAAGGCUAUGGUGAUCUGCUGGAUCGAUGAGAAGCAUUCUGUAUGA